CCUUUGCUCCUGCCAGAUAAAAUAACCCAAAAUGUUAUGUGAACUUUGACACCGGAAGUGUUUAAGUACCAUACCGGAUAUAACUUUUGAGCGAGUGAGCGCAUGAACCAGUGAAAGCAGCGGCUAGGUUUUUAAUGUGACAUUUUAAGUGCCGUUUUAGGGACCUGGUCAAAAUUAUUUAGCUAAGGGGUUCCCUGCUACGCCCUGUUCCAACACAUGACUUUUGUCGGCAUUUUCAAAUACAGAAUUGCUCCUAGUCCUAGGUCUCUGAAUUUAUUUCCUUUGAGACGGUCAACAAACUGGCCACCUUCAUAAUUUGAGGACAUGGAGCAGAACAACAGUGUGCCUCCUUUCCAGGGUCUUGCCUCCCCUCAGGGGGCAAUGACACCUGGAAUGCCCAUCUUCAGCCCCAUGAUGCCCUAUGGCAGUGGUCUGACUCCCCAACCUGUGACGAACACCAACAGCCUGUCUCUCCUGGAGGAGCAGCAUCGGCAACAGCAGCAGCAGGCUUCGACUCAGCAGGGUGGGGUGUCAGGGGGCUCAGGACAGACGCCACAGCUUUAUCACUCCCAAACGGUCACCACCACCACACUGCCAGGAAACACCCCUCUCUACACCACUACACCGCUAACCCCCAUGACACCCAUCACACCUGCCACACCUGCCUCUGAGAGCUCUGGGAUUGUCCCACAACUACAGAAUAUCGUAUCCACUGUGAACUUGGGCUGUAAACUUGACUUAAAAACAAUAGCACUCCGAGCUAGAAAUGCUGAGUACAAUCCAAAGCGAUUUGCUGCUGUUAUCAUGAGAAUACGAGAGCCAAGAACAACUGCACUUAUCUUCAGCUCUGGGAAAAUGGUGUGCACAGGAGCCAAAAGUGAAGAGCAGUCCCGCCUGGCGGCCAGGAAAUAUGCCAGAGUCGUGCAGAAGUUGGGCUUCCCAGCCAAAUUCCUUGAUUUCAAGAUACAGAACAUGGUGGGCAGCUGUGAUGUCAAAUUCCCCAUUCGGUUAGAGGGACUUGUACUAACUCACCAGCAGUUCAGCAGUUAUGAACCGGAGUUGUUCCCUGGGCUAAUCUAUAGAAUGAUCAAACCCAGAAUUGUCCUGUUGAUAUUUGUUUCAGGCAAAGUUGUAUUAACAGGUGCGAAGGUGAGAGGAGAAAUUUAUGAAGCAUUUGAAAACAUCUACCCAAUCUUGAAAGGAUUCAGGAAGACGACGUAAAUAUUUGUCUGACGUUAUUUUUUUAAAAUGUGUUUUAAUAGUCACGGGGACACUUGUCCUUUGUUGUGACCCGUUCCUUUGGGACUCUGAUUGGACCUGCACAGUUUAAUCAACAAAGCAGGGACCAUUCCUAUUCACCUUAAAGGGAUAAUUCUGAGAUUUUGGCAAUGAGGCCUUUUAUCUACUUAGUCAGAUGACCUCGUGGAUACCAUUUUUAUGUCUCUUUCCAGUAUGAAGGAAGUUAAAUGAAGUUUCUUGAGUUAAUGCUAACUAGCUUUAGCAUGCUAGCAGAUACCCGUAAAUUUCCAGUCACUGCACUAAUGCUAGUUAGCAUUGGCUCGUGAAAAUACCUUUUAACUUCCUUCAUACUGGACAUGCAUGGUAUUUAUGAGUAGAUCUGAAUCUGGGGGAGUAGAUAAAGGUGAUACUUGGAGAAAUGCUGUAUUUUAGCAGUUUUUUUUUUUUUUUUUUUAAGUGACUUGCUUAUUGAAUAAGGCAGUCUUGGCUGGCUCUUUAAUUUUUCUAAAGUAGGUUUUAUUGUUAACCUACAGUUUCUCAGUGCAUCUUUGUCCACACAUUCCCUACAGACAUUUUAAGAUUCAUCAUUUAAAUGGUUUUUAGUCUUUUUCAUUGUUGUAUGAAGAAUCUCACUUGGGAUUGUAUCGCAGCAAGGCUUAACUACCCAAUUUGUCAUUAUUUUAACAUUGUUUGGAAGACUGGUACUGAAGGCAAGAAAAUGGAACAUUAAUAAUGCAGCCUUAGUCUGCAUCUUUGGAAUGUUAUUAGUCUUAUCUGUAUGUACCUCAUGUCUUAUUUCUCAUUCAGUUUUUGGUCAUGAUUGAAGAACCCUCAUGUUUUAAUGCUAUAAUUGACUAACUAGCCUAAUUCACCAUGGAUUUUGUUUCAUUUUACACACUGUAUUUUUGGUCUACCAUGAAAGCCCUGUCAGUAAUUUGUUUGUUUUAAAUGUUAUUUUGCUACCUUGUGCACAUUUAAAUGUUUCCUUACUAAUUCUGAUCUCCCUCCUUUAGUUUAAAAAGCUUUGUCUUCAGGGUAUGGCAAGAUUUACAUCAAUCCAGGGAAUGACUGUACAUGGAUUUGAGAUAGCAUGACCAGUAAUGAAUGGACUCAAUGUCACAUGACAUUAACAUGCGUUUUAAUUUGAGUUUUAAUGCUCAAAAAAAUGACAUUGCAUUACAGAAAUGUUUUUUAAACCAGUUGAAGCUAUGCAAACUACUAGUCCUAUGGCAAAACAAAUGACAUGUUUUUUUGCUUAUGGUGAUAAAGUAAGAAUGUAACAACCUGAA